UACUCAUGGACCCCAAUUUGAAUUGUUCUGAUCCAGGACUUAAAAUGGUUUUGUCAUUUGAUAAUGUUAGUUUUAGAUUGGAGAAUGCAGGCCUGGUACACAUUCCUUGUCCCAUUGUAAGACAGUGGAUACUAAUUGUGGCUAACUUCGUUGACAAAUCUUUCGAUGUACUAAAUCCUGAAAACUUGAUUGAAAAGUUCUCUCCAGUUGUGAAUACUGUUAUAUACAAUUUCAAGCAAUUGUUUGUGAAAACUUAUCCUGGUUGUUUCAAGUUCAACAUACAUGAUUUCAGCGUAAAAUACGACUCUGGCAUAUUUGUCAUUCAAUUCAUCAGGUGGUAUAAUGGGGCUGAAGUAAAAAAAUUCUCAAAUGUCGACGUGCAAGCAAUCCGCGAAAAAGUGGCAUGUCAGAUUGUGAUUAACAAAUUUAAUGAGCAACAGGUACCAGUAGCAAGACAUAUUCUUGGCAUCUACCUUGAAUUUAAAAAAAGCAUGAAUGUAAUCAUGAAAGGAUUCUUGGCAUAA